AUGGGUUAAAAGAGGGGUUCUUUAUCAUUUUAGCGCCCUUUUUGCCUGAAUAAUUCCAAAAAAAAGAAGUUCCAGACCUUGCUUAUACUCCUUUAUUCAUGUAAUUUUUUCAUCUAUUUUAAAUCACUAUAAAGAACAUACACAGUUGUAUUCUUUUUCACAUCAUUGGUGAUAGGAAAACUGUAAACUAGACUAGGUCGCCGAAUCAUGUCCUUUGUUUUUGAUUGUUGGCUUUAUUGGAAGGUUUAUUCAGGGUAUGGCUACAGGGCUUCUGCAAACAGCUGGUAAUAUUAUAAAUCUAAUAACUAUCACCCACUAGCUUAUGCAGAACUAUUGAUCUAAUUUCCAGAAAUGCAAGAGGAGCUUGUCUCUUUUAUGGAAUUCGGUGUUGGCUAUAUUGGCCCUUUCUCAUUUACCGGGGCAUUGUUUUUAUUCUUUGGAAUUUUCUAAAACAAGCUCAUCAACUUCGUGACAAAGGAGGCUGAAGAUAAAGUAAUUUAAGAAAACCCCUUUUCAAGGCUGAGCUUUACUUCUCAAUCAGCAAAAAUUACUCCAAAUAUUCAUGGAGCUGUUGCCUUAAUUAAGAAGAAAAAACAAGCCAAUUCAUUUGCAAGAGGCCAUAUAAGUCUGGAUAGUAUGAAUGUUAGCAAAAAUGAUAGAAAUUUUUCUCAUAAAAACCUUGGAUAAUCUUCCGUUGGCUAUUUUGAUAAGUCCAUCAUUCAUUCAUACGAAGCAAAUGCAAAUGUAAUUAUGGUAACUAGUGCUGAGGAAUUCUAGAGAAAAAUUGCAGAAUCAGGAAGUUUAAACAUGGACCCUAGAAUAACAGAUAAAGAUGAUGAGAUUCCAUAGACAUCAGCUGAAUUCUUAAUUAGAGAUAAAACAAAAUAUGAUGAGCUUAAUUACUCACACAUAUUUCUUACACCAAGAGGAUUUUUUGCAAUCCUCGAUGUUGUCAUAUGCUGUUAGAUGUAUAACUAUUGUGACACAAUUUUGCCUGAUUUUCUACAAGAGACCUAUGGCUAUGAACCUUAUAUAAUAAGCUUGAUUUAUAUUGCUUAGAAUGCUGCUUUUGUUUCAACUUGCUUUAUUGCACCUAAAGUUGCCCGCAGAAUAAGUUUAGUGCUCUGUGUCAUAUUGGGCUAGAUGGUAUAGGCAGCAAGCUGUUAUCUUAUUGGACCCUCAAUGUUUUUCAACAUAACACCAAAAAUUUAUCUUACCAUCAUUGGAUUUUUAAUAUCAGGAUUUGCCUCUCCGUUUACACUUGUGCCACCUUACAAGGAACUUGAACUCUGUCUCUCAUAUCACAAGAAUAAAAGAUUUGAUCCAGAGGCUGUGUAAGAUAUUGUUUCAGGCGUUUUUAACACAGCAUAUGCGAUGGGAGGUAUAGUGGGUCCAUUAUUUGGAUAUUAUACAACUUAUUUUACCAACUUUAGGACGACCUCUGAUAUUUAAGGGCUCAUACUACUUGCAAGUUCGCUGAUUUAAUUCUUCUUGAUGUAUCUUCCUUAAAGAAUUUCAGAAGCAAGACUAAAUAAUAGACUAAGAGAUUCUAGCACUUUGAAAUAAAGUAAUUAAAAUGAAAGUUUGAUUAAAGCUAAACUCCUAUCAUUAGAAUAUCAAAAUAAAUAGUAAAAAGAUUUAUCUGAAACUGACUCUAUGCUUGAAGAUACUAAACACUGA